GGCGGGAGCCCUUCCUUUUUCUCCGUCGGCGUCUUCCUCGUCUCGGAGCCUCUCCCUCCCUUCACCCGCAGAGCCAUGGCAGACGCGGCCCUUUCCUUCGCCAAGGACUUCUUAGCCGGCGGCGUGGCGGCGGCCAUCAGCAAGACAGCCGUGGCGCCCAUCGAGCGGGUCAAGCUGUUGCUUCAGGUACAACAUGCAAGCAAGCAGAUUACUGCUGACAAACAGUACAAAGGAAUCAUUGAUUGUGUAGUCCGCAUUCCUAAAGAGCAAGGAAUGCUGUCCUUCUGGCGUGGGAAUUUUGCCAACGUCAUCAGAUACUUCCCAACUCAGGCUCUCAACUUUGCCUUCAAGGAUAAGUAUAAGCAAGUUUUCUUAGGAGGAGUAGACAAGCACACACAGUUCUGGAGGUAUUUUGCUGGUAACCUGGCCUCUGGUGGCGCAGCUGGAGCAACAUCCCUCUGCUUCGUCUAUCCUUUGGAUUUUGCAAGAACCCGUCUGGCUGCUGAUGUUGGAAAAGCUGGCACUGACAGAGAAUUCAGGGGUCUGGGGGACUGCCUAGCCAAGAUCUUCAAGUCUGAUGGUGUGCGUGGCCUAUACCAAGGCUUCAAUGUCUCUGUCCAGGGUAUAAUCAUUUAUAGAGCUGCCUACUUUGGGAUCUAUGACACAGCAAAAGGUAUGCUACCAGAUCCUAGGAAUACUCACAUUGUGAUCAGCUGGAUGAUUGCACAGACGGUAACUGCAGUAGCUGGUGUGGUCUCCUAUCCCUUUGACACAGUGCGACGUCGAAUGAUGAUGCAGUCUGGGCGUAAAGCGGGUGACAUCAUGUAUUCUGGAACAAUUGACUGCUGGAAAAAGAUCGCAAGAGAUGAAGGUGGAAAAGCAUUCUUCAAGGGUGCAUGGUCUAACGUCCUUCGAGGCAUGGGGGGUGCUUUUGUGCUUGUGUUAUAUGAUGAAUUCAAGAAAGUCAUCUAAAAAAAUACAAUGCUAAAAUUGUAUGUUAACUUGACAGAUCAUGUAGAAAACUUACCAUUAUGGACCAUUGACCUUCAAAACAAUUCCUGUGCAGUCUUAUUUAUCGGGGCCAGAUCAUGUUUUAAAUAGGACUAGAAACUGCCUUCAGUGAACUGAUACACUUUGUGAAAUCAUUAUUAAGGCAUCAAAAUAGACAGUUCAGUUACUAGAUUUGUCUAUUUUUGGUGUUUAUUGCAGUGGUAACAGUUUGGGUCCAAGGUAGCUGAUCUGCAGUUGUCUGGAGAGCAGCUGGAAGUUUUAAGUCCUAUCUUAGAGGACCAUAAAAUCAUGUUUUGAGAAGUAUUUGUUUAACAAAUCAUGUUUUUCCAUUUGUAUUUAAGCACUAUACUGUUUUGCACAGCUGAACAUCUAGCAUUUGUGUUCUUAAAUUUGGGGCAUUCUGUGAAACAAUAAAUAUAACUGUGAUGAAUUCACUGUUAAACCUUUAUGUUCAUGGCUAGCCCUGCUAUGUAGCAUAAUAUGAGCGGCUUCAGGCAGCACUUUUGGGGGGACAGAGGGGAGAGGAUGGUGCAGGAAAACUUGCACUGUUUCAUCCUAGAGGCUGGGAUGGGCACCCUUUGGGCUAUUCUUCAGGCAUUUUUAACAAUUCUCCUGAUCAUGAAACAUCUUAAUUAUACUUUGAUUUCACCUUGAUGAAAAGUAAGUAAAACCAUUUGAAUGGGACUCCAAGGAUCCUGUUCUGAAUAUUGAGAAAAUAGAACUUACAAAAUACAAAUAAAAUAGCUUGGCAGUAAUUGAUUCUGUACUGGUACUGAUUGGCUCUUUAGAGAAGUAGACAACAGUUCAUUAAAACAACCGGGAGAGCAAUUAGGAGAUGUUGUAUUUCAGUUUAUCGAUGAGUUGCAGUAUUGAAUAAAUCUUAUUUCUCUAUUUUCAGUACAAGGAGUAUAUUUAACAGCCCAAAACAAACAUUGGCUUUAUUACACAAGUAUUAAAAAUGUGGCAUAUUGUAUCAGUUAAGUUACAAAAUGUGCAUAUGCUUAAAGUGGUGCAGCUAGCUAAUUAUACACACUUUCUGGUCUUACAGGGCCCUUUGGACAACCAUUUGUAUGACUUUUUUGUUUUUUAACUUAAGUUUUUAAAAAAAUAAACAAAUACUUUUCAAACAAAAA